AUGGCUUCAAAAAGCACCGCAACAACACAAACCAACCCGCGCGGAAUCCCCGUCGCCCCCUUCAUCGACAAUGUCAGCGACUACGUCUCCUCCCGCGAGGAGGUCGAGCCGACUCUCCGCUCGUUUCAGGAGAUGAUCUCCAAGUACCAGUUCAUGGAGGUCAACACCCAGCGCCGUGGCCAGGGACUGCGCGAGAAGAUCCCCGAUAUCAAGAAGACACUUGAGAUGGUUCGAUUCUUGAAGUUGCGCAAAGAGUCAAACCCCGACGCAGACCUCCAAACGAACUUUGAACUCAAUGAUACCCUUUACGCCCGCGCUUCUAUCUCCCCUGCUGAUGCGGAGGAGGUUUACCUCUGGCUCGGAGCAAAUGUCAUGCUUGCAUACCCGCUCGGCGAGGCGGAGACAAUGCUGGAUGAGAAGCUUACGGCUGCGCAGUCUAGCUUGAAGAAUUGCGAGGAGGAUCUGGAAUUCUUACGCGAGCAGAUUACGACAUUGGAGGUUGCCACAGCACGAGUGUACAACUGGGACGUUGUGCAAAGACGCAAAGACAAGGCCGACGGCAAAGGAGACGACGAAAAGAAAUAA